GGGACGAUGCAGACAGUCAAUUUUCGGAAACAUUUUCUGAACAAGGACAUAAUAUACAUAACCCCCCACUGAGGAUGCCAGAGCCUGCAUCUUUACAUCCCCAUAUACGAGAUGGAAUCACUCGAGCAGAUUCUUUUAGCUACGGCAAUGUUUCGGGUCGUCACAUGCCUGACGACCCUGCUAUCACCCACAUCGACAGAUCGAAUGACUCAGGGAGCGAUCACACUGUCGAGGCGCCAAGGACGCCAAUGUCUAAUCACUCUCAUACGAGAGCGGCUUCUAUACACACGCCGGGUGGUUACCCGGCGAAGACCCCCACUAAUAUAUAUGCGGACGGCCACGAGGUUUGCAUUUGAUAUACGUUUUCCGACAACUGUAAUGAUUGCUUAUAGACUCGCCCGAUACGAUACGAUGAAAUCCACCCAGCUGGGCACGGCCGGGCCUCUCACUCAGGUAGUCGUGGUCCUAUUUAUUACAUCAUCCCUGGCGGGGUGAGUGUCAUAUUCCAAGAUGAAUACGGGAAUGAAGUUGCAAGAGUUGGUGAUUUCAGCGGGCGCCCAACACGCUCUGCACCCUUUGUUG